CAGAGACACAAGUUGGAUUCAACGAAAACAUGGAGACUUUCAAUCUAUGCGUUCUACUGAGCCUGGCAGUCGCAGUUUACUGCGUGCCGAUAUCGCAGGUUACGGUGCAAGAUGAGGAUUUUGCAGAGAACUACCUGAAGAACUUCUUCAACCUAACAGAGGAGAGCGGUCCGCCCAUGAGACGGGGGAUCAGCCCGGUGAGCAGGAAGCUGAGUGAGAUGCAGAGAUUCUUCGGUCUCCAGAUCACCGGGACGCUGGACGCCGACACCAUGGCGAUGAUGAAAAAGCCCCGCUGUGGCGUCCCGGACGUCAAAAUCGCCCGUUUCUCCACGUUUGGAAAUGACUUCAAGUGGAAGAAAAACAGCCUUACCUUCAGGAUAGAGAACUACACACCUGACAUGCCUGUGUCAGAGGUAGAUGACUCCAUAGAGAAGGCGCUGCAGGUCUGGGCCAAGGUCACUCCUCUGAGAUUCACAAGGAUCUACAGCGGCACAGCUGACAUCAUGAUCUCCUUCGGGGGCCGAUCACAUGGUGAUAUUUACCCCUUCGAUGGCCCUAAUGGCAUUCUUGCCCACGCCUUCGCCCCGGGCCGCGACUUGGGAGGAGAUGCUCAUUUUGAUGAGGAUGAGACCUUCACUUUCCGCUCAAACAGAGGCUACGUCCUCUUCAUGGUGGCUGCCCAUGAGUUCGGCCACUCCCUGGGCUUGACUCACUCUAAUGAUCCCGGUGCUCUCAUGUUCCCCCACUACUCGUUCGGAAACCCCGACACCUUCGUUCUGCCGCGGGACGAUGUCAACGGCAUCCAGUCUCUCUAUGGUCCAAACCCUCAGGAUCCCUCUAUAGAGGAACCUCAGCCCCCCACCACCCCCGACGCCUGUGAUUCAACCAUGGUCUUGGAUGCUGUCGCCACCCUGCGAGGAGAGAUGCUCUUCUUCAAAGAUAGGUUCUUCUGGCGUAGUUACCCUCAGAGCAACACACCUCAGCAGAGUCUCAUCACAAACUUCUGGCCCGACGCCCCCACCAGCAUCAACGCCGCUUAUGAAAGCCAACAAUCAGACAAACUCUUUGUCUUUAAAGGUCGUGAAGUGUGGGCUUUCAGCGGCUACGAUCUCGUGAGUGGCUAUCCUAAACCAAUCUCCAGUUUCGGUCUGCCCAAAAGUGUGAAGAAGAUCAACGCGGCCCUCUAUGACGUGCGAUCUGGCAAGACUCUGUUCUUUGUAGGCGACAAUUACUACAGUUAUGAUGAGGCCAGAAAGACGAUGGACCAGGGUUUCCCCAAGCGAGUGGAUCAGACCUUCUCCGGCCUGACCUCCGAGGUGACUGCAGCUUUCCAGUACAGAGGUUUUACUUACAUCUACAGCGGACCCCACAUGUACGAGUACAGCCUGAGGACCGGGAGGAUGUUCCGUCUGCUGGGGAACAGCUACUUCCUGCGCUGCACCAACUACUAGACCCGUUUACUAGCCAACUUCUUUAUGUAGCAACAGAGUUAAAGCAACCAUAAGUAAUAAUAUAUCUUAUAAUAUAUAAUUAUAUUGUUACACACUUACGGGUGGAUAAAUGCCCUUCCUGAGAACAGCACCUUAUUUGUUAUUUUUACUCUUUUUGUGAUGCUUUUUUGAAGUUAAUUAUUCUAUUUUAUCUUAUAGUAGCUUAUUUAAGUCAUAUUCAUAAUUGAAUUAUUGCUGUUGUUAUUUUUGUUGCUGUUUGAAUGUAGUUUAACUGUGAAACUUUGGAGCAUGUUACCCAAAGUCAUUUGACAUUGUUACACGUGUAUACACCACUGUGAUAAAACAUAUGAAUGUAUGUAUGCAAAUAUUAAGAAAAACAAAUGUGACAGUAAGAAUGAGCAAAUAAACAUUGUUUAAAUACA